AUGUUGGUCUCCUUGACAGUCGGCAAGGUGGACGCUGGCGUCGCCGUACUCCUGACGCAGGAUAACCGCCUCAUCGAAUUUCCUUCUGUUCUUCUUCCGAACAAUAUUUCCUCGGGCAGCAUCGUCGAUAUUACCGUGUCGCGCAACCAUGCUGCUGAGACAGCCAGCGCAUCGGCAUUCCAGGCUCUCCAGAAACGGAUCCUUAGUACCUACGGUGUCAAGGCGCCCUCGUCACCCGUGCUUCGCCUUCGCAAUGCGACUCAGACAUCGCUAGUGCUGGAGUGGGAUCCGAUCGAUCUAGCAACUGCUUCUCUCAAAUCGCUCUCGCUCUACCGUAACGGCUCCAAGGCCGGAACGAUCCCGCGACCCCUUGAGACCCGGAGCACGAAGAUCAGCGGCCUUGCGAUUCACACGGAAUACACAUUCUACCUGGUGCUCCGGACUUCCGCAGGCACCUAUCAAUCUGAGAAGCUGACCUGCCGAACCCACAAGAUGACAGACCUUUCUGGCAUCACGGUCACUGCAGGAGUGAUUCAUCCACAGCAGAAAGAGGCUCUUGCUGCCGCUCUGGAUCGCAUCGGUGGCAGGCUGAUUGACACCGUCCGCAUUGACACCACGCACUUUGUUUGCACGGAAGGCAGAGGCCCGCUCUGGGAGAAGGCUGUGGAAAUGAACAUUCCUGUUGUCCGGCCCGAAUGGGUAGAUGCAUGCGAAGCGGAGGGCACGAUUGUCGGGGUUCGGAGCUACUACAUGGACGCAGACCCAAAGACCAGACACUUACGGCCCACGAGCAUCGUCUCGCAGCACCAGCAUGCGGCGUCGACUACCUCUGUCGCAGCAGCCAACGCUCUCACAGCAUCAACGGAGUCCCACGCAGAUGGCAACCAGUCUCAUCUCGCCGUACAUCAGCAAGAUCAGCCACUCGCCGAGCCACCACUGACUCCUUUCCCGGGGGGUGGAGGGCACGAAGAACGGCCCGUGCCUCCAGAACCGGCACCCCCAUCGCCGCCUCCGAAAGACGGCGGGGAAGCGGAGGAAGAAGAGGAAGAGAAGGAUACCGCAGAAGAAACACCCGCCUCGGAAGAAAAACUUAAAGUCAUGGACCAGGAAGAGGAUAAUGGGGAGCAGUUCCAGGAAGAAGAGGAGGAGGGACCUUCUCCAUCUGAGCCGGAAGAGGGAGAUAAUGACCCUGGCUCGGAAGAAGAUAUCGCACAGAACCCGGAGCAUGCAGACAGCAAGGCUGCUGAGAACGGCGAAGGCGAACUAGAAGAAAUCUCUCUAUGA